AUGCAAGUAAAGAAUAAGAUCAAACUAAAGGAUAAGAAUGUGGCAAUUACAUUAGUCCCAGAAGAUUCCGAAGAUUUAUGGUAUUUGUACAAUUUAUUAAAAGUUGGAGAUACAGUUCAAGUAUUAACUCAACGAAAUGUUAAGAAAGGGAAUCCAGCACAAAUACAAAAGGGGAAAGCCAAAAUGGAGAAAGUGUUAUUAAGAUUGAAAUUAUUGGUUGAAGAUAUUGAUUAUAUUGCCAGUGAUCAAGCUAUGAGAGUCAAUGGUAAAUCUUUAGAACAACAAGAAUAUGUUCCUUUGAAUAGUUAUCAUACUGCUGAAGUUGAAUUGAAUAAGGAGAUUACAAUCUUGAAAGAUAAUUGGGAUGAAUAUGAUAUGUCCUUGUUGGAUGAUUUAUGUUCAAUUGAAAAGAAAGCAGAUAUAGGUGCGGUGAUUUUUCAAGAAGGUGUAGCUCAUAUUUGUUAUGUAACUGAUACAAUGACUGUAUUACAAGCUAAGGUUGAAAAGUCAAUCCCUCGUAAGAAUACUGAAUUUGGGACUAAAGAUCUUGAUAAAGCCAUGAAUUCAUUUUUUAAUAUGAUUAUUCAAACAAUGGCAAGACAUUUUGAUAUGGAUAGAUUAAAAGCUGUGAUUCUAGCAUCACCUGGAUUCCUUGCUAAAACCUUAUAUGACAGACUUAUACAAGAAUGUCUUAAUUUACAGAAUUCAGGAAAAGAAAAUAAAGUAUUCGCCAGUAUAUUGGAACACAAGAAUAAAUUCUUAAUAGCCCAUUCUUCUACUGGAUAUUUACAAGGAUUAGAAGAAGUGUUGGAUGAUCCUGCAGCAAGAAAGAAAUUAGCAGAUACUAAAUUCCUUGAAGAAUCAGAAGCAUUACUGCGUUUCCAAAGAGCAUUAAACAAUGAUGAUGGACGUGCAUGGUAUGGUCUUGAAGAAGUCUCGAAAGCUUUAAACAUGGACGCUGUAAGAUAUUUGAUGGUUUCUGAUGAACUUUUCAGAAGUGAUGAUAUUGAAACCAGAAGACAUUAUAUUGACUUAACUGAACAAGCCAAGAGGAAUGGUGCCCAGGUGUAUAUAUUUUCUAGUUUACAUGAGUCGGGAGUGCAAUUGAAUCAAUUGACUGGUAUUGCGGCUCUUUUGAAGUAUCCAAUACCUGAUCUUGAUGAUUCAGAUGAAGAAGACGAGUAA